GCGCAUCUUGAGCUUAGACAUUCACCCAGUACCGCACAGAACUAACAACGGAUUCUACCCCAAAGACACCACCUACGAGGCCGCAUCCUCCGCCGUAUGGACUCCUCCUCGGAAUGGGCGGUCGCGCCCGCGGUCUCCGCACCCUCCACGUCGACUAUGUCGCCCGGCGCCAUACUCACAAUGUCGGCCAUCUUCCUGCUGUUCCUGACCUUGGCUCUCGUCAUCAUCUACCUCCAGUACUACUUCAACACCAACUUCCGGCCGGGGCCGAGCGGUGGCGUGGUGGCGGUUUCGGGUGCCAGGGACAAGGGCGUCGACCCUGAGCUGCUGCGGUCGCUGCCGGUCACGGUGUACCGUGCGGUGGUGCCGAAGGGCUUCGACGCGGAGGACGUGAGGGUGGAGUGCGCGGUGUGCCUGUCCGAGCUCGAGGACGGGGAGGAGGCGAGGUUCUUGCCCCGGUGCGGGCAUGGGUUCCACGCCCAGUGCGUCGACAAGUGGCUGGCAUCCCACUCCACCUGCCCGCUCUGCCGUGUCACCGUCGCCAAGCACGACGAGUCGCUGACUGCUUCGACGAGUCUCCCUCCCGUAGCGCCCGAGCCGGCGAACUUUGCGGCGAACCUGCCGGCGAGUGUGCUGCUCGGGGUUUCAGACCAGGCCACGCUCACCGCGGUGACGUCCGUGACCUCUGACGAAGGCCACCCGAGACCCUCCGGCUCCGGCCUGGCCACGGAAGAAGUGCUGGUGAUCGACAUUCCGGAUUCGAGGACGCCGGCGACACCGCCGCACGACGCGACCAAGACGCCGAGCUCGCCGAGCCUCAGGUCGCUUAAGAGGCUGUGGAGCUUUGGGCAAGGGCCGUCGGUGCCGACUUCAUCCUGUUGCUGGGGAAGCGGCAGCGGAUCAGAAGGCGCUGAGCAAGUUAUUAACAUCGCCUGCGCAACCCCGAGAGCGCAGCUAGUGUAGAACCGAAAUUGCCAGCUCAGUACAUAUAGUAGGCAUUACGGGAAAACACAUUUUUGCCUAAUAUGGCGGAGGACCCCAAGCUACAAUGUCUGCCAUGUCUAAAUUUUGUCAGCAGUGACUUUACCUCGUCAUUUUAGUUCUAGAAGUCUCAGGAGAGUGGUAGGUACACAUUAGGA